AUGGACAAACAAACAAUAGAGAAUCAAUAUCUAAAAAUGAAUAAAUUUUUUGGGCAAUUAGUUGGCGUGUGGCCUUUUCAAGAAAGAUUUACCAAGACUUGCAUGCGAUUUACUGUAUCCGUCAUAAUACUUCUUGACCUUGCAACGCAGAUAUCACGGAUAAUAAUGUUCUACAGCUUUGAUGUCUUUUCGGAUCAAAUACCAUACUUGAAUGCAGCAAUUCUCUGCUUAUUCAAGGAAUAUAACUAUGUUUUGAAUGAGAAUAAACUCAGAGAACUUUUAAGUGACAUCAUAUCCGAUCGGUUGAUGGUACGAUCGAAGAAGGAGUUAGAGAUUUUGGAAUUGUAUUCGAGAAAAGCAACGACGCUCUGCAUUCUUUACAAAGUUAUGGUAUAUUCCUGCGCGUUCAUGUUCCUCAUCAUACCGAUUAUACCACCUCUUCUGAACAUCAUCGCGCCUUUGAACGUAUCACGAGGCCGUGAAUUUAUCUAUCCAACCUAUUAUUUCGUAGACGAGGAGAAAUAUUAUUAUCCCAUAUUAAUGCAUAUGAUAGCAGCGAUAGUGGUACUGUCUUCGAUAUAUCUCGCUUGCGAUACAAAUUUGGUACAAGUUGUGCACCAUGGAUGCGCCUUGUUAGCUAUCAGUGGGUAUCAUUUCAAGCAUGCAGUGGAUGACGUAAAGAUUAGCGACGAAAAUUAUAUCGCUCUAAUGGAUGAAACUUAUGCGAGAGUCAGACAUUCCAUAAAGGCGCACAAAACAGCGGUCGAAUACGUGGAUAAAAUAGACGCCUGUCACAUAUAUUACUUCUUACUUACCAUAGGAAUGAUAGUAUUAGCUUUCACUGGUACUUUCGUAAAGUUGUCGACCAUGGAAAUGGGGAUUAGAUUCUGCACGUUCUGUGCAUACACUGUUGCUCAACUAACUCAUCUGUUUUUCUUAACGAUUAUGGGACAAUUUCUUAUAAAUGCCAACGAAGAAAUUUUCAAAACAAUAUACGAAGCACGUUGGUACAACGGUUCGUCGAAAAUGCAAUCAUUGUAUAUACUGGUGCUUCGAAAAUGCUUGACUUUUCCAAAACUGACAGGAGGGGGAUUGAUUACUUUAAAUUUAGAUAGUUUUGUACAGAUUUUAAAAGCAUCAUUUUCUUAUUACACUGUAUUUAGAUCUUAAUAAAUUGAAAUAACAAUAUAAAGUAGAAAAAUUUCUACGUCCAUUUGAUAUUUGUCGCUAAUUAUAUAAUAGUAUAUUAGUUGUAGAUUUGUAGAGUCAACUAGAAUUAGUUAUUUAUUUAAUUAU